AUGCCUGCUCCAAAGAAAAAGAAGGGACAAAAAGCGGCUCAAACGGUGGAUGAACCUAUGGAAGUCGUGGAAAAUGAUGCUGAUACCGAUCCCACCGUUGAAGGCGAUUUGAUGUCCAGUGUUGCGUCUCGUCAGUUCAAUCCCGAAGAUUUUGGAGAAAUAGAAAUUCCUCCUGCUGCUGUUAGUGUUGCAACAUAUGAGAUACAUGGACCCCGUCUGAUGAUCACUCAUAUUGUCAAUGAAAAUUUCAAAUCCUAUGCUGGUACCCAAACUCUUGGACCAUUCCACAAGAGUUUCACUUCUAUUAUUGGACCAAAUGGAAGUGGCAAGUCUAAUGUGAUAGACUCCAUGUUAUUUGUGUUUGGUUUCCGUGCCAACAAGAUCCGUUCAAAAAAGAUUAGCGUUCUUAUCCACAACAGUGAGAACCACACAAACAUUCAGGGAUGUACAGUCAGUGUUCACUUCCAGAAAAUCAUUGACACAGGGCCUGGAGAUGAUGAGUACACGGUGGUCCCUGACUCCAAGUUUGUUGUAGCCAGAACAGCAUUCAAGGAUAAUAGCUCCUACUACACUGUGGAUGGCAAGCGGCAUACAUACAAGGAAGUGGCAGUAGUCCUAAGAAGUAGUGGCAUUGAUCUUGACCACAAUCGUUUCCUCAUUCUACAGGGUGAGGUCGAGCAGAUUGCCAUGAUGAAACCUAAAGGUUUGACAGAAAGUGAAGAUGGCAUGUUAGAAUUCCUGGAAGACAUUAUUGGCAGUAACCGCUUCAAGGAGCCCAUUGAAAUCCUUGCCAAACGGGUAGAAACCCUGAAUGAAAUGAGGGGUGAAAAGCUGAACAGAGUAAAAGCGGUAGAAAAGGAGAAGGAUGAUUUAGAAGGAUCUAAGAAUGAAGCUGUGGAGUUUCUGUCUAUGGAGAAUGAGAUCAUUCGACACAAAAACAAACUGUACCAGAAAUAUAUUAAAGAGUGUGCUGUGAAUGAGGAAAAAGCAACAGAGCAGUAUAACAAAAUCAAUGAAGGGAUGAAAGAGGUCAAUGGAAAGAUGCAGUCCAUCACAGAUGCCAUGAAGGCAAAGGAAAAGGAGCAUAAACGAAUCCUAAAGCAAUACGAAAUGUUGGUUGUGAAAGGAGAUGAGGCAAAGGAAAGAUUCAGUGAAUUUGAAAAACAGGAUGUGAAAUGUCGAGAGGACAUGAAACACACCAAGUCCAAAGCUAAAAAACUGGAGAAGACGUUAGAACAAGAGAAAAAGAAGGUGGAAGAAUUCAAGGCUAUGCCAGAGCAGACGGAACAAGUAAUUGCAGAACAUCGUCGUAAACUAGAGAGACUGGAAAAAGACAAAAAGAAGGAGGAGGAAAAACUGGCAGAAGUGAUGGAAAGUUUGAAGACGGAGACAAAAGGUCUACAGGAAGAAAAAGAGAAAAAGGAAGAAGAACUACUGGGGCUACAGAAAUCUGUUAACGACACCAAGUCAAAGUUAAACAUUGCUCAGUCAGAGCUGGAUAUCUACCUUAGUACUCAGCAAAGUGAGACCUCUAAGUUAGAGGAGAUGCAGAGGAACCUAAAUAAAGCUUCCACUACUGUAAAAGACAGGCAAAGCUAUUUAAAAGAUCUUAAAAAGAAGUUACCAGAAACUGAAAAUAUUAUUGAAAAAGCCAAGAAGGAUAUAGAGCUGGCCACAGCUACAGAACUUAAAUGUGUGAAUGAGUUAAGGAGUGUCAGGACCAAAGUAGAAGAGACUCGAAGCUCUCUACAGGCAGCUAAGAGACAAGGCAAAGUGAUUGAGGCUUUAUUGGAAGCCAAGAAGCGGGGAGUGAUGCCUGGUGUUUGUGGGAGAUUGGGUGACCUUGGUGCAAUUGAUGGGAAGUACGAUGUUGCCAUAUCAACAGCUUGUGGAGCUCUCGACCACAUUGUUGUGGAUACUAUUAAUACAGCCCAGCAAUGUGUCCAGUUCCUCAAGAAGAACAACAUUGGGUCCGCUACCUUCAUAGGUCUUGAUAAGAUGGCCAAGUGGACUGAACACACCAAGAGAAAAAUAUCUCCACCAGAGAAUGUGCCUCGCCUCUUUGACCUAGUGAAGACCAAAGAUGAGAGCUACUUACCAGCUUUUUACUUUGCCCUGAGGGAUACGCUUGUAGCCAAUGACCUUGAGCAAGCCACAAGGAUAGCCUAUGGAAAGACACGCUACAGGGUGGUGACACUUCAAGGACAGCUCAUUGACCAGUCAGGUACCAUGUCAGGAGGAGGGAAGACGGUGUGUAAAGGAAGGAUGGGUUCAGCUGUUGUAGCAGAUGUUGACCCCAAGGAACUAAACAACCUGGAAAAUUCCCUGGAAAAGCUGGCAAGUGAUGCUCAGCAGAGCCGGGCCAAUAAAGAAAGACUGGAAGAUCUGAUCAGGGAGCAGGAGAAAUCCCUAAACAACACUAAACACACCAUAGAUAAGUGUGAGAUGGAUAUAAAGGCGAUGUCUGAACAGGAGACAACUUUAACCUCACAAAUUAAAGAACAAGAAGCUAGAGUUAAGGCUGCAGCCCCUGAUGAAAAGGAACUCCAACAGCAGAAGAAAAAAGUGGAAGAAUACAAAAAAGAAUAUGAGAAAGCCUCUGGAGUAGCUGCUAAGAUUGAGAAGGAAGUUCAAAGAUUACACAAUGAGAUCAUGGACAUCGGUGGAUCCAAGAUGCAGGCUGUCCAGAGUAGGGUUGACGCUGUCUCCAACCACAUUGACCAGGUCACAGGUCAAAUCACAAAAGCACAGGUGGCAAUGAAGACUACAGCCAGGAAUUUAAAGAAAGCAGAGGAGAAAGUGGAGUCUGUAGAAGAGGAAAUUGAGGAUAACAAAAAAAAGAUUGAAGAGUUGGACACGCUCUUCAAACAGCUGGAAGAAGAUGCCACAUCUGUUUUACAGAACUACCAGGAUUUAAAGGACAAAAUAAAAGAGGCAGAUGAUGAGCUUAGUGGGGUGAAGGAUGAGAUUGCUAAACACGAGGAGGAGCAGAAUCUGCUGCAGAAAGAAGUGGUUGAUGUUAGACACGAGCUUGAGAAAUUUGAUGGAAUUAUCAAAUCUAAUGUACAGAAAAUUAAACAUUGGAAAAAAGAGAUUGGUCAGCUGACCUUGACCUCUAUAGAGGGUAAGGGAGAUACAGAUCUACCCACUAUUGAGGAUGAAGAGCUGGUGACUGUUGAUAAGGAAGCCACUCAGUAUGAGAUCACAGUCUUAGAGGAGAAACUAGCUCAGAUGAAACCCAACAUGGCUGCCAUUGCAGAAUAUAGGAAAAAGGAAUCACUGUAUCUACAACGUGUUGGUGAGCUUGACCAGAUUACUGAUGUUCGUGACCAACAAAGGAAGUACUUUGAGGAUUUACGCAAACAACGACUUGAUGAGUUUAUGGCUGGUUUUAGCGUGAUCACAAACAAAUUGAAGGAGAUGUACCAGAUGAUCACCCUUGGUGGGGAUGCUGAACUGGAGCUUGUCGACUCUCUGGAUCCAUUCUCUGAGGGAAUUGUGUUCAGUGUACGACCACCCAAGAAAUCGUGGAAGAAUAUAUCUAACUUGUCUGGAGGAGAGAAGACACUCAGCUCUCUUGCCUUGGUGUUUGCUCUUCAUCAUUACAAACCAACACCGCUCUAUGUUAUGGACGAAAUAGAUGCUGCUUUGGACUUCAAAAACGUUUCCAUUGUUGCGAACUACAUCAAGGAGAGGACAAAGAAUGCACAAUUCAUCAUUAUAUCACUGAGAAACAACAUGUUUGAAUUGGCCGACCGCCUCGUAGGUAUAUACAAAACAGACAAUUGUACCAAGUCAGUGACCAUCAACCCAAACCGUCUAACACAACCUCUAAGUGUAGCGUAACCACCGACUCCUCACGGCAACUGUACAAGGGAAUUGUAACCAUCAGCUUGUGACAAAACCUCUAAGUGUGGUGUAACCACCGACUCCUACUGGCUGCUGUAACCUGUAAGGGAAUUGUAACCAUCAACUUGUGACAAAACCUCUAAGUGUAGGGUUACCACCGACUCCUACUGGCUGUGUAACCUGUAAGGGAAUUGUAACCAUCAACUUGUGACAAAACCUCUAAGUGUGGUGUAACCACCGACUCCUACUGGCUGCUGUAACCUGUAAGGGAAUUGUAACCAACUUGUGACAAAACCUCUAAGUGUAGCGUAACCACCGACUCCUACUGGCUGCUGUAACCUGUAAGGGAAAUGAACCCAUCAAAUCACUUUGGUUGACACAACCUCUUAAGCGUAGCCUAACCAUUGACUUGUGGCUGACAUUACAACAAGGGAACUGUAACCAUCAACUUGUGACAAAACCUCUAAGUGUAACAUAAACAUCAACUUGUGCUGUCUUACUCAACCUUUCAGUGCUGUUUGAUUUAAAGGGGCAUUUGGACAAAAGUGGUUUUGAAGACAGAAAAACUGUUAUGAUAGUGAAGUAUGAAUGGGGAUUAAACAUCUCCAGACAGAUAUUUACAUUUAUUGACUGCUUAACACAGAAAAACAUUUAAAUCCAAUUUGUGCCAUGAUUUGUUAAAUACUAACAUGCAGAAAUGAUUAUAUCCAAUAUAUGUUCCUUAGUUAAUAACCUGAUUACCAAAUAGUUCACCUUAAUUCCAGGAUUUUAUCUCUAUUUCUAUUUUCAGUCUUAGAUGGAGUCCCCAUUUAAUUAAUAAAAUCAUGUCUAUUAAGAGUUACUUCCCUUUGUAUAGAUACCAUUAGUUAACUUAGAUCACGUCUAUUGUAGUAUACCAAAAUACAUAUGUCUAGUAGAUAAUAUUAUACAAAUGUUAUACUUACUACAAAUGAUAAAAAUAACAGGGUUAGAGUGUUCAUCAGUAGUAAUAACAUGAACAAUUACUAACUUUAUUACAAAGUUUUUCUACUUCCAGGUAAACAAAUGUUGGUAUUUAUGUGUUAUGAUCGACUCACUAUAUGUGUGAUCUAUGUGUACAUAGAAGUAAAGUUGUACAGGUAAAUACUGUACCAUUUUUGUAUACUUUUUUUAUUUCCUCCUACAUUUUUCUAUCUGUCUUUCCAAAUCCUGAAUGUAGUUUUGUUAUGUUUGUAUACAUAUAGUGUACAUUAGAUUACAAAUACGGCAUGUCUCAAGUACUUAUAUAUUUAUGUCUGAUAUUGAUGUAUAAAGAUAGAACGUCUGCCUAAUUUGAUGAAUCCUUCAGGCUUACUGACUUGUAUUCCCCAGGUAGGCUAUUGAUAAACCAUUGUACAUGUAAUGUGUACUUCCAUAUGUACAUUAUUGUAGUGAAUACUUUACAGGAAAAUUAGCAUACAUUCUGCAGGAAUUACCAACCAGAAUUGUGACCCUGGCAACAACUUUGAUUGAAAUGAAAUGAAUAUGAAGUCAUAUAAUUCAGAAAAAUAAAA